UCAGAAGCGAUAGCGAUUAUUCCCCCCCCCCCUUAAAACAUGGCAGCAGCGUAGUUGCCCUAAAUUGGUGCCCCUCUCCCUAUUCCCGGCCACUAUUGGAAACUUAAAACGCCCUCACAUCUGGAAGUUCACCAGGUCGGGCGAGGCUGCCCCAUAAUUAAAUUGGGAAAAUAAAACGACUUGAUUUCUCAGACGCCGAGCCGACAGGAACCGCCUCCUGUCUUAGAGCGGGAAAAGAAGAGCGUUGCUUUAAUUUUUGUGCCUCGGGCAACUCCCCCCCCCCUUUAAUUUGACGGCUUUCACUGGAUACAUAAAGCUGUUAUGGGUCGGGUAGAGGAGGGCAAAGGUUUCUCCCUCCUAGCUCCCUUCUUUUCUGACGUGCUUGGAAGCGAGCCUGAGUCCGAGGAGAGACUUAACCUCGUUUUUAAAGUCGUAGGACCCUGGAUGUAGUGAAGGGACGGGGCUCCUUGGUGCUUGCUGCUUGUAGGGCGACGCGUCGGAGCUGCUUUUCUAUCUUUUGUAGAUUGCAUGCUUGCGUUUUCGAGAAAGGAUAAGGAAUUCUGCCGUCCUUAUUGUACCUGAAUGUGCACUUCUGGGUUUCAUGGGCUGACCUGGGGAUCUAUUUACUAAUAUUUUUGGUGGAAGUCUCAUGGUGAUGCUUAGUGAACAGCAACUACAAGAGAAGGUGCUUCAGUAUGAAGCAUUUAUCAGUGAUGUUUUGCAGAGAGACCUUAAGAAAGUGUUGGAGCAGCGAGAUGAGAUUUAUGAAAAGAUUGCUCAGUAUUUGCAACUCAAGAACAUUAUUGAACGUUUACAGGAAACAGGAAGCCAGGAGCUGAAAACUCAAGUGGAUCUAGGCUGCCAUUUCUAUGUCAAUGCAGAAGUGCCUGAUACAUCCACCAUGUUUGUAGCUCUGGGUUAUGGGUUCUUUGUGGAGCUGACUCUACCAGAGGCACUAACCUUCAUUGAGAAGAAGACAAAGUUGCUUAAUGAGCUCAGUGAAACUCUUACUAAAGAUUCCGCCAGAAUAAAAGCCAAUAUCCGGAUGGUUUUAGAGGCUACUGUUCUGACUUCCCCAAGCCGCAGUGUUGGCAGAUAUGUUGGAUGGCUAUUUCCAUCUUCCGUAACUAGUGUGGUCCUGUACCAUACAGGCUGAAGCGGUUAGGUGCUUUUGUCCCACAUCAGAUCAAGAAAGCUCCUUUAUGAAACAAAGAGGAUAUUUUUUUCUUGUAUAGUUUGGAAUCGUGAUUAUACUAUAAAAGAAAAUAAAAGGAAUCAGUAGAGAAACCUGAAUCUCAUCUUCCUUUUCUUUCCGAAGGGAUUACGUGAACUGCAAGGUUUCAAAGAUCUGCCUGAGGAGAACAGAAACGAUGUUUUCCUCUAGGUAUCCAUCUUCUAUGAUCCACAGGGAGUAAUUUUGGUUUUCUAGAAGAAAAUUUGAUUGGAUUUUUUGCUACAGUAAGGGCUGCAUGCAUGGGGAGAAACUGGUGAAUGAGAGACAGUGACAUGAUGUGACACGCAGGGACACAGUAACAUGAGGAAGAACAGCUCCACUUUUAGUGAGGGUGUUAGGCUCUUUGAACUUCCUCCCAUGUCUCUUCCAAUUUUAGUGUUUCAUUUUAAAAAUAAUUGUAUUAAUAAAGAUUAUGUAUUUGUACUGGA